AUGUCGGAGAAGGAGGGUGGAGUGGUUAGAAGAGAGUGUAUGAUGGAUGCUUUCCGGUAUGCCAUUGAUGUGUGUGGAUUGAAAGAUCUAGGAUACAAGGGGUGCAAAUUUACGUGGCGGUGGGGGAAAUCAGAGGAGAAUUUGAUCAGAGAAAGACUAGAUAGAUUUUGGGGGGAUGAUGAUUGGUGUGAGAUGCACCCAAAUUUCUCAGUUAAGCACCUUGUGCGUGAAGAAUCCGAUCAUGCUCCGAUUAUGUUAGAUACACUGAAUUACUAUGACAGAGGCAAGGGCGGUAAACUUUUUAGGUUCGAGGCUAUGUGGCUCUCGAGCGACUCUUGUGAAGCGGUGAUCUCGAAAGCUUGGGGCGAAAGUGAAGGCUUGGAGGAACAUCAGCGGAUUGAACAAUGUGCUUUGGGCCUUAAAAAGUGGUCUGCUACCACUUUCAAAAAAACUCAGAAGAAAAUCAGAAGAUUAGAGAAGGAAUUGUUAGAGGCGCAAGGUGGUCAUAUUGAUGCUGCUAUGUUGGAUUGCUGUGAAAAACUAUCGAAUGAACUAGGGGAGCUGAGAAGGUUGGAGGAAUCGUAUUGGUAUGCGAGGGCUCGUGCAAAUGAAAUGAGGGAUGGGGAUAAAAAUACAACAUAUUUUCAUCGAAAAGCUAGCCAACGUAAGAAGAAGAACCGCAUCGAUGGUUUGUUUGACAAAGAUGGGGUAUGGAGGGAUGAGGACGAGAAGAUUUGCAACAUUGUGGCCGAUUAUUUUUCAAAUCUUUUUUCUUCUGAUAAUCCAACUGAGUUCGAGGCUGCUACGGAGGGUUUAAGCUCGAUUGUUACAGAUUCUAUGAAUGUCGUGGUUGAGGAAGAGCCGACUGCUAUGGAGAUAAAAAAAAAAUGCCUUGUUCCAAAUGCACCCUAA